UUUCGACGGGCUUGACGCUGGUCCCGUUAUCUGCCCGUCGGACGAAACGUCGUCCGAGGAUUUAAAAAGGAUGGAGCGACGGACAGAAGAAUACUCCGCUCGUCGGGGAACUUCGAUGAAAUUCACCUGCUGCAUUUGGAAGAUGUUCUCGACGCCGAGCUGGUGGAUUUGUGUCGCCUGCGUGGCCGGUGUCCUCCCGCCCUGCUGCUCGGGCGUUCACGUGUUCGUGCGGGAUGAGAAGAGGUACUCGGUGCUGUUCCAGUCUGUGGUUCUGCCAUGUCAGUACAGCAGUGUGUCCACCCAGACGCCCGUGGUACAGUGGGUCUACAAGUCGUACUGCCGCGACCGCACACGGGAUUCCUUCAGCGUCCCCGACAGCCUGGGCGGAAGCAUGGGAGGAGGAGGGAUGACGGGGGGGUCGGCAGGAGCCGGCGGAGGCUACGAGACGGGGAUGGCGGCGAACUACCUUGACUGCUCUGACAACAGCCGGACAGUCCGAACUGUGGCCUCCAUCUCUGGUUCCGCAAUCACGCUGUCAGAGUACUACAAGAACAGAGACAUCUCCAUCAUUAACAAGGCAGACCUGCGGAUAGGAGAGGUCCAGUGGGGAGAUAGUGGAGUUUACAUCUGCAAAGUGGUUAUAUCUGAUGAUCUGGAGGGUCAGAACGAAGCCCCCGUGGAGCUGCUGGUUCUGGGUUUCUCAGGUGUGCCUGAAGAUCUGCUGCCAGACUUUGAUUUGAAGAUUAUGCCAGAGUGGGUGUUUGUGGCGGCAGUGGCGCUUGGCAGCGUGUUGUUCCUGCUGUUGGUUGGGGUUUGCUGGUGUCAGUGUUGUCCUCACUCCUGCUGCUGCUACGUCAGCUGCUGGUGCUGCCCUGACACAUGCUGCUGCCCCAGACACCUGUAUGAGGCAGGUAAGGGCAUAAAGACAGGCACCUCCACCCCUCAGUCUCCCGUCUACCCUCCAUACUUUGUCUCUGGUGUCCCGACCAUGGUACCCAUCGCCCCCCCAUCCCUAGUGGACAAGAUGUCUUCUUUCCCGCCUUCGGACGGCAGCCUGGUCACAGCAGUGCCGAUGCGUGCUGUAGGGCUUCCCUACCGCGUGCCCUCGCCUCAGGAUCAGGACUCUCUCAGGGUGCUGCAGUAUGUAGAGAAACAGCUGGCUCACUUCAACCCUGCCAGGUCCACCAGCCACCAGUCCUGCAGUGUGUCCGAGCUUAGCUCUCUCCACGAGGGUGAAACUGGCUUCCGCCAAACAUACCGGAACAUCCAGAAGAAGGCUCUGCCCACCAUCCCCGACCACGACGCUCAGCCUGAACCCCAGCGCUACCGUGACAACCGCAGCCCGGAGCCACAGCGCUACCGCGACAACCUCCCUUCACCCCAGCGUUAUCGCGAUGACCCCGACUCAGAGCCCCGUCGGUGCCGCGACGAGCCUAUUCCUCCGCGACGAUACAGCGACGAUCCUCCGUGCUCCUCACCGCCGCGCCGGCUCUGCCGCAAUCAACAGCAACAGAACCACAGCGAGGAGGAGAACCACAGCAGGUGGAACCCUCGCUCGGAACAUCUGCAAAGAAAGACAUACCGCACCGCAGGACGCACCGGCUCACUGGACGAGCUGGAGGAGUUUGCUUCUUGUUACAAACAGAAAGCAGGCAGAGGUGCAGAGAGGAUUGAAGAAGACCGCGGAGACUAUGAGAUGGAGUUUCUGGAGUUCAGUCGAUAUCCUUCCUCCCGCAACGGUCCACCUCAGCAUUACCACAAUGAUGAAAAUGAACUCAGAGACAACAGGGAACAUGACGACCAUCCCAGACGCAACAGGAGCAACGGACACAGCAUAAGCCCAAUUCCCUCACCCAAAAAGAGAAGGGGCACUUGGGAUAACGAGCUAUCGGUUCCACCCCCUCCCAGAGUCAGUCCGCCAUCAACUUCCUCUCAGGAGAAGGACUAUGACGGCGCGUUCCUCAACAGCCUGCUGGACCGCAAGGCUAAGCUGCGAGGGGUCGGCCAGGGGAGGAGCGGGGCCCGGGGCGAGGGAGGUUCAGACACACCCUCGAAGGGCAGCUCCAAAAAGAGCAGCGGGGAAUCCAGUCGGCACUGCAGCCGCUCGCCGAGUAACAGGCCUGAGGCGGAUUCACUGCCACCUUCCUCGGACACAGAGCGAAGCAGAACUGACAGGCCAUCUCCGCGGCCGCUCCCCGCAUACGCCCGCUCCCCUCAGUCUCCUGCCCUUUCCCUGCCCAGUGGCAGAGAGGAGCCCAGAGACAAGUCCCGCAAAGUGAGCACCCUCCUCAGUCGAGAUUCGCUCAUCGUCUGAUCGACCAAGAAACGCGGAGACUGAAAUCGUGGAGCGAACGCAGCGUACAGCCGUGACGCUCCACGUAAACGGCAACGUCAGCCGAUUUGAAAAAGAUGAUGGCGUCGAUUCUGAGCGCUGAAUCAGCACCGAUGACCGAAGAAAUGGGUGAACAGACACACUUUUGUCGUCGAGACUGGGGUCCCUGGGGCUUUCCGCCUGUGACGUCGCUGAGCAAUGAAGUCAUCACCCGCUCAGUUUCUGUCACCGGCUGCCUCAUAUAUAUCUCAGCUGGACUAACUUGUUGGUGUUUGUGUGACCUGGGCUCUCCCACGGAGCAGGACAUUGUUUGUACCCCCUUACCCCUCUAUCCCUGUAAGACGCUGUGGAGACUUACUUUACGCUUCUAGAACAAUGAGCACAUUCAUUUCCAUUCAAUGAGAUAUCUGCAUUUAAAAAGCUCUGCUGUAGAAAGAGGGAAUAUGACAACACCAUUAUUGUAAAGCUGUAGCUUCAGUUGUGUGUGACAACACACACACUGAGUCAUUCAGACUUGCUGCAACAGCAGCUGUUUUCAGCAAAAACACACCAAUAAUCCCAACGUACAUCUGCUCAUCACCAAAGGGACGACGACAGACACUUAGUAGCUGAACUUUGAGGAGGAUUUAGCAACAAACUCUAUUAUUUUAACUAAAAGUUGAGUAAAAAGGAGAGUAAACAAGUUAACUGUUAGACUUCAGUUCAUCAGGUGAACAGAUAUGUGUCUCCAACUGAAUGCUUAUAUUUCUCCUUGUCAGCUGGAUAUAUAAAUAAAAAACUGAUCGCUAACGCAUUUGCCAUAACAAGUGUACAGUAUCAGGGGAAUAUCAUCAUGUCAUCGUUGUGUUUACAGCUUGUUCUGUUGACCCCGUGUAACAAAAAAAAUCAACCCAUACCCACGAGUGCACAUGAGCUUGGUUAUACAAGUUUUAAUACCGCGCGCAGCAGCAUUUAUCAGCUGGAAAUCAAUAUGAUUAGAUUAUGUUUUAAAGCAACAUACGAUCAGAAACAAAGCUCUAAAGAGGCCAAAAAAUGAAGUAUCAAAACUGAAAGAAAACUGUGAAUGUAUUUGAUAUGUUAAGGGGCGUCAGUUCAACAAUAACUGAUAUAUAUAUAUAUAUAUAUAUGUAUAUAUAUAUAUAUAUAUAUAUAUGUAUGUAUAUAUAUACGUAUGUAUAUAUAUAUAUACAUAUAUAUAUAUACACAUAUAUAUAUAUAUACAUAUAUAUAUAUAAACACACACACACACACACACAGACACACACAGCAAGCUUGAUGGACAAAAUACUAAACCCACAAGGGUUUGGACUAAUUCUGUAUUUGCUGCAGUGAUGUACUUACUUCUGAGUUAAAGACAAAUAAAAACGAAAUAAUGUUAUUUAACAGGACGUUGUCUGUGUGUCGGUGGAGCUUUUCAUCUUCUAUUAAAACAUGUUAGAAUUUGCACAAAGUAACUUCAAGGGACUAAAACGUGAUGAAAUGUUGUACUGUUAUUGUUAUUAUUUUUUUAAUAUACAUUUAAGGUAUUGAACUGCCACUUUCCUGGAAAGCGUGUUUGUACUAAAGUGUGGAGAGCAAACAUGUACGCAUGUAUACUUUACCUUUUUAUGUGUGCGAUGUGUGUGAUAUUAUGGUUGUAAAUGAUGUUGUUUGUCUAAGCGCUCCAGUGUGGCUGUGUACAUAAGAUGAAGUGUCUUUGAUUUGAUAACUGUAAUUCAGCCUCUUCUUAUCGCUGCUGAGUCAACAGCUUCACCAACACCUUUAUGUGUUAUCGAACAGGCACACACGGUACACAAAACGCACACUGACCCUCUGACUCCUGGAUAUUUAUCAGAUGUGUCGCAUCUUCUGUUUUUAACCAUACACAGUAUUUCAUUAAUCUUGCCUCCACAGUGAGGCAUAUAUAAGUGAAAAGUCGAACGGCAGCGCUUAGUUUUCUUCGGCUGUCUGGUACUAACAACUGUGUGUGUGUGUGUGCCCCUUUACUUCUGUAAAGGAGACAAUGUGUAAUUGAGUAUGACUCAUGUCUUUGUUCAUUGUUGUGACCACGGACGGCCCGUCUUAACCACACUCACACAUCAGUUCUGCGAGCUCAGUCACAGAAAUCUGCCGUGUUUUGUCGUCCACAAAAAGAGUUUGUCACAACGCUCACGUCCGUUUAAUUAAAAUGGCCAAAGUGCAGGGUGGCAAACUCUUGAGACCAAUCGUGUCAAUGUUCCUUUUGCUCUCAGCGAAUAAACUCAGCAGAAAUAUGAGAA